CGGAAACCCUAGCCUCGUGGCCUGUCGGCCUCAGAGUGCAACCUCGUCGGAAGCCUGAUCUCCUCCGCCGCCGCAAUCGCGUAGUGAUGGGAUCAAACGGACCAGAUUCCUCGGUGGUAAAUGGCUGCUGCAAGUGAUGUGGAGAAGUUUCGCUUCGAGCGAUUCCUGGAGCAGUCGCAACCAAUCUCGGCGAGGUCGAGGCCCUGGACCUCGAAAGCUCUUAUCCAAGGUUUUCCCGUUCGAUCGUUUGAAUAUGACAAUCAAGAGUGCAUUGCAGCAGAAGCAGUUAUUAGGAGAGAAGGUUCCAAUCAAUCAAUUGUUCCCACUGGCAUUGAAUUCUCACAUCUCUUUGAAUCUGUAUUCGCAUUGGGGCAGAUGCAAGAUGCCGAAGCUAUUCUUGCCCUGGCGUCAGCCGUUAAGGAUAUGUCCUUGCAUCUUAUAGUUUGGCAUGAGUGCAUGUACGAGGCAGAGGGUAUGAGGGAUAUGCAGCAUUUUUCGCCCUCGGAAAUUGUGGUGGAGAAGAAUCUGUUUCAGCCAUUGUUGAUCCCUUGGAUUCCAAUGGUGCCCUUCUAAGGCGCGAGGUGGGGGAAUACGGAUCUCAAACCCUAGAGCAAACUCACGCGCUCCAAUCAUGAGAAGGGAGAUAUUCCUGCCACCUAAGCAGAUCAAUCGUUUUAAUUAGCGCAUAUAUUUUAUAGAAUUAACAACGAGGUUUAAGGAGUAUGGGCUUCCUAAUACAUGGCAUUAGUAUUUGUCGGUAAGACUUUGCUCGGUCCUCACUACACGACAAAUCCGGCACCAGUUCCAAUGUCCGGCGUUCGGCGGAGGCCCACGUAACGUAACCACAUUAAUUCUUGGGUUUUUUUAUUCUUAAAAGAA